UCAAGCAUGAUGAGCCGAUUAUUUGAGGCAAAAAGCUUCGUGCAAACUCUUCGAAUCUUGUACUACAUCGCCAAAACCUUCGGACUUAUUUCGUUCACUACAACAUUUGAUACAGUUGGUAUUCGGCGCAGCUUCAAGGAUGUGCUCGUUUUUGUCGGGUUCAUGUUUUUCAAUUGCUACAUUGUGUUCAAAUCGGGCAUCCCACCAAAAUCAGACAGUCCCUCGUACUUUGACUCUUCGUUGAUCCAAUUCAUCCUCGGUCUAUUUCUUACGCUGCAGUUAAUUGCCUUGAUCGGUAUCCCAAUCACCAACUAUGUGCAGGCGUACAAGUACGAUCGUCUCAUCUACUGCAUCACGGAAGUGGACAAGGGGUUAGAGGAACUGGGCUUCAAACAUGAUUACAGUGUCGAGUACUUCUAUAGCACAGUGUACUUAAGCGUAACGCUCGGGCUACAGCUUAGCUGCCUUACGGGGACCGCCUUCACCAAUCCUUUUCUAGUUGAUUAUGAUACAUGGUGCAAUUUCAUAGCUCUCGUAGGCUUCAUCAUGUGCAACUUGGUGUACAUCAUGACCAGCUGCUUUUGCUGCGUUACACUUUGGGCAAUUGUUUACCGAUAUCACAACAUUAAUGCGACUUUUUGCAUGUACUUUCAUACCGAGUCUGAGUCUAACAAGCAGCUGUAUCCAUUAUCCGAGAACGAAACUAUCAAAACAAUCGCAAUGAUUUACAUGAAACUAGGAACGGCUGUUCAAGUGUACAAUCGGUGCUUUUUUAUUCACAUAUUCUACAUAAUUGCAAGUGCUUUCGGUCUUAAUUUGGUAUCAUGUUUCACUAUCAUACACGUGUACUUGGCUAGCAGUAGCUACAGCAUCGUUGAUCCUAUUAUGAUCUCUCAACUGUUUCUCAGUCUGUUCUUCAUUUUAAUCAUCAUGCAAGUCAUGUUUGCUGGAAACUUACUUCACAAAAAGGCAAAACAAACAGCGAUACUCUUACAUAAGGCUGCUAUCUAUAACGAUUGUGGUUCGCAAAUUAUCGAACAACUACGAUCAUUUUCCGUUCAGCUCUCUCACGGCAUACCUAAAGCAUCAUGCUAUUUCUAUGACAUUGACUGGACAUUUCUGCUCUCGAUGAUAUCUUCGUUUGCCACUUAUCUAAACAUACUUGUACAAUUCGACAUCAUGCAACUCAGAGCAUCGGGUGCCAACAACAAUGAUACCUUUCUGUCGUUUGAAAGAUCUUAA